UUCACACUUCACAAAUCACAAUUCAUUUGAAAGUUCAUGGAAAUGAAAAUAUUAUUAAUUUUAUGUUAUAUAAAACAAUUAAAGCUAAUUAUUUAAUUCCUUGAAAUUCAUUAAUGAAGUAAUACGUAUAAAAAUUAAACAAACCUAUAAAAUAAGCAUAAAAUGUUUGUGUGAAUUUGUUCAUUAUAAGUUUACUUUUUGCACAACAUAAUUUUAAAACAUGUGUGGCAUAAUUUGUGAAAUUUUGUAUAAACCAGUUACUAGCAUUUUUAAGGAUGAAGUACAAUUACAACGAAUUAAAAAUAGAGGGCCAAAUUGUGUCCACUCUUGUUCAGUUAAAAUAAAUAACAUUGUUAUAUCUUUUUGUGGUGCAGUGUUAUGGACCCAAGGCCAAAAACUAACUCCACAACCUAUAGAAAAUGAACAAGGUGUGCUUCUUUUUAAUGGUGAUAUUUAUGAUGAAACAUGGAUCACCAAAUACAGUGAUACUCAGAUCAUUAUGGAAAAAUUAAGUAAUUGUGAAUCCUCACAGGAAAGAAUAAUACAGGUAAUCAAAUCAUUAAAAGGGCCAUUUUGCAUAAUAUAUUAUGAUAAAUUAUCAAAAGUCCUUUAUUUCACAAGAGAUAAGAUUGGAAGAGGGAGUUUAUUAAUGCAUAAAACAGACCACUCAAUUGUAAUAAGCAGUGUUUUAGGAAGAAAAUAUACAUGCAUAGAAAUACCAGCUUCUAAUAUAUACCAAUUAGAAGUACUAAAUAAAGUAAUAACCAGAUUUUAUUGGGAUUCUGAGCUCAUAGAAGAAUAUAGUUUCAAUGAUUGGACUCAAAAUAUUGAGUUGCUACAGAAUUUACCGGAUGAUGAAUUUAUUAUUAAUUUGGAUGUUGAAACAGAUCUGAAUAUUGAAGAUGACACUUUGAAUUUUAUUGAUGAAGUUUCAAAGAAAUAUAAUUCCAAGCAAGAAAUAAUGAAGCAACUUUUAACACAUACAACAAUAUUAAAAGCCGUUCAAAAAUUAUUGCAAUUACUAGAGCAAAGUGUUAAAGUGCGUCUAGAGAAGCAUCCAAACAAGUGUAAAAAUUGUUUAAACGAAGAUAUAGACUGUUCACAUUGUACAGUGGGAAUUUUAUUUUCUGGAGGCUUAGAUUGCACAAUUUUAGCAUAUCUAGCAGAUAAAUAUGUAUCUAAAGAUCAACCAAUUGACUUAAUCAAUGUUGCUUUUAAAACGGAAAAUUGUACAACAUAUGAUGUACCAGACCGUAUCACUGGUAAGAAUUCAUAUGAAGAGCUGAAAACGAAUUGUAGUUCAAGGAACUGGGUUUUCCGGGAGGUUAAUAUACCAAAAGAAGAAUUAGAAGCAUGUCAAAGUACUACUAUAGCAGAUCUAGUAUUUCCAAGGAAGACUAUUUUGGAUGAAAGCUUAGGUUCGGCUCUCUGGUACUCUGCUUGGGGGCACAAUAAUGAGGGUACCUCACCAUGUCGGGUUCUGCUACUAGGAUCAGGAGCUGAUGAGCUAUUUGGUGGCUACACCAGACACAGAAAUGUGUUCAAAAGACAGGGGUGGACAGGAUUAGUUAAAGAGCUGUGCCUAGAGUGGAGCAGAAUUUCCUACCGUAACCUAGCCAGAGAUAAUAGAGUUAUCUGUGAUCAUGGUAGAAUACCAAGGCUGCCAUAUUUAGAUGAAGAUUUUUCAGGAUAUGUUUUAAAGUUGAAGCCAUGGCUGAGAUGCUUUCCCAGUGAACAUUUAGGAAUGGGUAUUGGAGAUAAAUUAUUGCUACGACUUUUAGCAACGCAUCUCGGACUAAUAAAAGUAGCGACACUACCUAAGCGUGCUUUGCAAUUUGGAUCAAGAAUUGCAAAUAAGAAACAAAAAGGCAGUGAUAUUUCCAAGAAUUUGCAAUAAAAAAAUAAACAAAAAUUGUUAUUUGUAUCAUUGUUGAAGGCAAAACACGGUUUCUAAGCUGAAAGGAAUUAGAAUAAGAUUUAGCAAGAAAGAUCAUACAGACAUACCAAGCAAGAAGGACAUGGCCAGGAGUGAAAACCGUUGACACGGAAUAUAAUAAAAAUCUUGCCAAAUGUGUUGCUAAGCGCAAAACUCGAUAACGGCUGAGAUUUUUCUAACGUUCUGCUUAUAACUGCUUUAAUUUUCAAUUUAAGGUAAAAAAUAUACAUAAACAUAUUUGUGGCAGAAACUAUUUCUGAGACAUCGCGAAAACUAUGCGUCCUACAAAAAAAAAUGUCCCAAUAAAAAAAUUUGCAUCCUCUACCUAUUAAAUGCAAUUUUCGGUCCAUAAAUAGGUACUCCUCCUCUAUUAAAUAAAAUAGUUUCGUUUUUUUGCGGUUGACUAAACAUCGACGAGUAUGAUAACAACAUUAUUGCGGUAAUUGUAAUCUAUAUUAUGGUAUAAAGGAUACCUAAUUUGUAUGGGAAUAUUUUCUUAUCAGCAUUCUGUUUGGUUUUGCGCAAGUUACUAAAGCUCGGUUCCUAUAUAAACUCACCAUUUCAGCAUUACCAACAAAGUAUUGAGAUCUGUGAAUUGAAAUACUUCUUCACAGUCACCUAACUGUUGAAAAUCCAAAAAUAUAAAAAUGAGUGACUUUGUGUUCGACGCGAUACGUUCGCUGUUAAUAAAUAAUAAGUAGCAAAAAUACUGCAGAUCUUGAAGAAUAUUUAUUGGAAAAUUUUCAUCUGUCAGCAGCUGCUAAGUGCUAGGAAUACCAAAGACGAAUUCAGUGAUUCAAAGUAAACAAAAAAUGGUGUCUCCGUAACCAAUAAUGGGCGAAAGAACCAUGAAAACUUUAAUCGGUUGAAAAUCAAAAUGCCGCACAGUGGGACAGAACGGUAUAAAUAAACCAAGAUCAAGUGUUUUGGAAAUUAUUUUUUGUUAUAAAAUAUUUAAAUAACAAUUAGUUACCUACUUCACUAAGUACUUAAAACUACUUGUAGAAUAAAAAAAAUAGUUUGGAAAAUCCAAAAGUGCACGCCUCAUAAUCUCAUCCUUUACAAUAAAAUUGAUUAUUUAUAAAGAG